CAACAAUGGAAGAAACAGCUAUAUGGGAACAACACACAGUGACUCUUCACAGGGCCCCUGGAUUUGGAUUUGGUAUUGCAAUAUCUGGAGGAAGAGAUAAUCCUCACUUUCAGAGUGGUGAGACAUCUAUAGUUAUUUCUGAUGUGCUGAAAGGAGGCCCAGCAGAAGGACUGCUACAAGAAAAUGACCGUGUUGCGAUGGUUAAUGGAGUUUCAAUGGAUAAUGUCGAGCAUGCAUUUGCUGUUCAGCAGCUGAGGAAAAGUGGGAAGAAUGCCAAAAUUACUAUCCGAAGGAUGAAGAAAAUUCAGAUUCCAGUGGCUCGCCCAGAACCUGAACCAGUGUCUGAAAAUGAGGAUGAUAGUUAUGAUGAAGAGAUACGUGAUCCAAGAACCAGCCGUGGUGGUCCAAGUGUCAACAGGAGGCAUGAGAAGAGCUGGGUAAGAGAUCGAAGUGCUAGCAGAGAGAGAAGCUUAUCACCAAGAUCAGACAGAAGGUCGGUUACUUCCAGUCAGCCUGCAAAACCUACCAAAGUGACACUGGUGAAAUCGAGGAAAAAUGAAGAGUAUGGUCUACGGUUGGCAAGCCACAUAUUUGUGAAAGAAAUAUCACAGGAUAGCCUGGCAGCAAGAGAUGGCAAUAUUCAGGAAGGAGAUGUUGUCCUGAAGAUAAAUGGCACAGUGACGGAAAAUAUGUCCUUAGCAGAUGCAAAAACACUAAUAGAAAGGUCAAAAGGCAAGUUGAAGAUGGUUGUUCAGCGAGAUGAACGAGCUACACUGUUGAAUGUCCCGGAUCUUUCUGACAGUAUUCAUUCUGCUAAUGCUUCAGAAAGAGAUGACAUUUCAGAAAUUCAGUCGCUGGCAUCAGAUCAUUCCAACCGAUCACAUGACAGGCCCCGCCGCAGUCGUUCACGAUCUCCUGACCAGAGGUCAGAGCCUUCAGACCAUUCCAGACAUUCUCCACAGCAGCCCAACAACGGCAGUCUUCGAAGCAGAGAAGAUGAGAAAAUAACUAAACCAGGAGCUGUCUCUACACCUGUAAAGAAUACAGAUGAUAUUUCUAAAGCUAUGGAAGAGGUGGCGGUAGAAAGAACUGAAAAACAAACUCCACCACUCCCAGAACCAAAGCCAGUGUAUGCACAAGGAGGUCAGCCAGAUGUGGAUUUACCAGUCAGUCCGUCUGAUGGUCCUUUACCCAAUUCAACCCAUGAGGAUGGAAUGCUUCGGCCAAGCAUGAAACUGGUGAAAUUCAGAAAAGGAGAUAGUGUGGGCUUGCGACUAGCAGGUGGCAAUGAUGUUGGCAUAUUUGUAGCCGGUGUUCUGGAAGACAGCCCUGCAGCAAAAGAAGGAUUAGAGGAAGGGGACCAGAUUCUCAGGGUAAAUAACGUAGACUUCACAAAUAUCAUCAGAGAAGAAGCUGUCCUUUUUUUGCUUGAUCUUCCUAAAGGCGAAGAAGUAACCAUUUUGGCACAGAAGAAAAAAGAUGUUUAUCGUCGAAUCGUUGAGUCAGAUGUAGGGGAUUCUUUCUAUAUCAGAACUCAUUUUGAAUAUGAGAAGGAAUCUCCUUAUGGACUAAGCUUCAACAAAGGUGAAGUGUUCCGAGUGGUGGACACUCUGUACAAUGGCAAACUGGGUUCGUGGCUGGCAAUUCGAAUUGGCAAGAAUCACAAGGAAGUUGAAAGAGGUAUCAUACCUAACAAAAACAGAGCUGAGCAACUAGCUAGCGUACAGUACACGCUUCCAAAGACAGCAGGAGGAGAUCGAGCGGAUUUUUGGAGAUUCCGAGGUUUGCGUAGCUCAAAAAGAAAUCUCCGAAAAAGCAGAGAAGAUCUUUCUGCCCAACCUGUGCAGACAAAGUUUCCUGCCUAUGAAAGAGUUGUUCUUCGGGAAGCUGGGUUUCUCAGACCUGUAACCAUUUUUGGUCCGAUAGCUGAUGUUGCACGGGAGAAACUUGCUAGAGAAGAACCAGAUAUCUUUCAAAUUGCAAAAAGUGAACCAAGAGAUGCUGGUACUGACCAACGUAGUUCUGGCAUUAUUCGUCUUCACACUAUAAAACAGAUAAUCGAUAGAGACAAACACGCUUUAUUAGAUGUCACUCCUAACGCAGUGGACCGUCUGAAUUACGCCCAGUGGUAUCCUAUUGUAGUGUUCCUAAAUCCUGAUUCGAAGCAGGGUGUAAAGACUAUGAGAAUGAGGUUGUGCCCAGAAUCACGAAAAAGUGCCAGAAAGCUGUAUGAAAGAGCUCACAAGCUACGCAAAAAUAAUCACCAUCUCUUUACAACUACCAUUAACUUGAAUUCAAUGAAUGAAGGAUGGUAUGGAGCUCUAAAGGAAGCAAUUCAGCAACAACAGAAUCAGCUAGUGUGGGUUUCAGAAGGAAAGGCAGAUGGUGCUACAAGUGAUGACCUUGAUUUACAUGAUGACCGCCUUUCUUACCUCUCGGCUCCUGGUAGUGAAUAUUCUAUGUACAGCACAGACAGUAGACACACAUCUGAUUAUGAAGACACAGAUACAGAAGGGGGUGCUUAUACUGAUCAAGAACUGGAUGAAACUCUGAAUGAUGAGGUGGGGACCCCUCCUGAAUCUGCUAUUACACGUUCUUCUGAACCUGUUAGAGAAGAUUCUUCUGGAAUGCAUCAUGAAACUCCAACUUACUCUACUUAUGCAUCUCAAGCUCAGCCACAGCCAAAUCUCAGAAUGGAUUCUUCAGGAUUUAAAACAACUACUUCUCAGCCGAUAUACCGAAAGGAUCCAUAUAUUAGCGAAGAAGCAUCCAGACAAAGCUAUGUCUUGAAACAGCCAGCAAUUAAUCACCCAGUACAGAGGAAGGAGAGAGACCCCAAUCCAAUCUAUGAAUCCCAGGCUCAGUAUGCCGAAAAACAGCCAAGUAGGGAUUAUGAACAGUCAACAUAUAGGUAUGAUUCUACAAACUAUGUAGAUCAGUUUUCUCGUGCUUAUGACCCUCGCCUGCAAUAUGAUGACCGUGUGCCUCCCUAUGAGGAGCACUGGGCAUAUUAUGAUGAAAAACAGCCCUACAACCAAACAAGAACCACUUAUGAAAACCAGCCUCCAAGGGAUCUUGAUUCCAGACAAAAUAUAGAAGAGAGCACAGAACGCAGCUAUUAUCCAGCACAACCUCGUUUUGAGGAGCCCCCUCCAAUGAGCUAUGAUGGCAGACCUCGCUAUGAGCAUGCACCCAAAAACUUCAGCUUACCACAAGUGCGAUAUGAAGAUCAACAUACUGUUGGAUAUGACACGCAUGGUAGAUACAAACAAGAAGCUCAGCCAUACCAGUCAGCCAUAACUCGAUCUCCUGAACCGAAGCAGUACUUUGAUCCACAUGCAAGGGGCUAUGAACAAGGUCCUCCUCAAGCUUAUAAUGCUAAAGCUGGACAAUAUGAGCCUUCUCAUAGCACUUCAGGUGUUUCUCUUCCUCCUCCCCUUUCAUCACAAACCAAACCAGAGGUUUUGCCUUCUAACAGUAAACCACUGCCUACACCGCCAUCUCUAGCAGAAGAAGAAGAAGAUCCAGCCAUGAAACCACAGUCUGUGCGAAGUAGGGUUAAGAUAUUUGAAAGAAGAAGAUCACCAUCUUUGGAAAAAAUCAAGGACCCAAGUGAUACAUCAGCUGUCAAGCCUCCAGAACUAGCACCUAAGCCUACACUCACAACUGUGACUGCUCCAAAACCAACUUCUCAAAGCCAGUAUGAACAUGACAAAACGACUUACAGGGCCCCAGAACCACAGAGACCUCAAGUGAAGCCACCAGAAGAUAUUGUGCGUUCAAAUCAUUACGAUCCUGAAGAAGAUGAAGAGUAUUACCGAAAGCAGCUCUCGUACUUUGAUCGCAGGAGUUUUGAAAAUAAGCCAUCCGCGCAGGUUCCUGCCAGCCAUCAUUCUGAGCCCACUAAACCAAUACAUUCGCAGAAUCAGCUGAAUUUCACCAAUUAUUCUAAGGGGAAACCAACUGAUACUGAGUCAAUAGAUAGGCCUGUUGGUGAAAAACACUAUGAGCCAAUCCCUCAAGUUACAACUCCUCCUCCUCCUCCUUCAGUCCAGUAUACACAACCACAGUCAAUUAAUAGUCCUGUCCUGUCUCUCCCAGCACAUCACAAGCCUGCACUUUCUGAAGUUAACUCUGUGUCUGACCCUCCUCCACCUCAGAAUAAGCCAGCAAUUUUCAGAUCCUCUAGAGAGGACACUGUGCAGUCCACUUUUUAUCCUCAGAAAAGCUUCCCUGACAAGGGGCCGGUUAACGGACCUGAACCGAUUCAGAAAACAGUCACCCCCUCUUACAACCGCUUUACAACAAAACCUUACACCAGUGCCGCGAGGCCCUUUGAGCGCAAGUUCGAAAGUCCUAAAUUCAACCAUAAUCUCUUGCCAAAUGAAGCUCAACAUAAACCAGAGUUGCCAUCAAAAUCUCCAAAUUCUCCUCAACCAAUUUUGAAAGCACACAGCUCAUCCCAGCCUCCUGAGUUUGACAGUGGAGUGGAUACCUUUGCUGUACAGGUUGACAAGCCUAAAUAUCAACCAAAUAAUGUUAAUGCUGUGCCUAAAGCCAUUCCUGUAAGCCCUUCAGCACUCGAGGAUGAGGAAGAAGAAGAUGGGCACACUGUCGUAGCCACAGCAAGAGGUGUGUUUAACAGCAAUGGUGGUGUAUUGAGCUCCAUAGAGACUGGAGUUAGUAUUAUUAUUCCACAAGGAGCCAUUCCAGAGGGAAUAGAGCAAGAAAUAUAUUUCAAAGUCUGCAGAGACAACAGUAUACUUCCACCUUUGGACAAAGAGAAAGGUGAAACACUUCUUAGCCCCUUGGUAAUGUGUGGGCCUCACGGACUAAAAUUCCUGAAGCCAGUGGAGCUGCGCCUGCCACAUUGUGCGUCUAUGACCCCUGAUGGUUGGUCUUUUGCUCUAAAAUCCUCCGACUCCUCGUCGGGUGACCCCAAAACCUGGCAGAACAAGUCUCUUCCCGGGGAUCCAAACUAUCUUGUUGGAGCAAACUGUGUCUCAGUCCUAAUUGACCACUUCUAAAUAUUAAGUUAGCUGACUGAGUAAAUAAUGUGAAACUGAGAUGGACCUUACAUAUAAACUGAACCACUCUAUCAAGUAUUAACUGUUCUAUAAGUGAUAAUGGAUCUUAGUGUUUAAGCAUCUUGCUUUAACUAACAGUGGUUUAGCAAGUACACUCUUUGAACCAUGGUCACAAUACAUGCCACUAGCAGGGAGUGUACAGUGGGAACAAGGUAGGGCUUUUGCAGGUUCUUGUAUGCUUUGGUUUGUUGGUUGUUCUUUUGUGGUUUUUUGUUUUGUUUAUUUUUUUUUAAGGACACAAGUAUUUCAUUGUUUGAAAUCUGAAAGUACCAAUGGAAUUGCAUUCAGAGGAACUGAAUUUGGUUCAUACUCCACUGGCGAAAACACAGAAUUUGGCCUGCAUUUUUACUACUGUGUGUUUGUAACUCACAAGACUACAUUUCGGUCUCUAGUUUUUAAAUGACUUUUGGUGUACAUGUCCAAUGAAAUGGCAAUCAACUUGGGGUAGCACAGUUUAGAUGUACUUCCUCUGCUAGGAGGCUAAUGCAAACACGUCUACUUACUGUAUAUGGAAACAUUGUCAUGAGAACAGGGGGGAGGGAGAAAAGCAUGUGGGAUGACUAUGGUUCAGUUGCCUCUGUGGAUUUGUAAAUUAACCACAUUAUUACAGACCUAUUAACCAGCAGGGAUGCCUUACCCUCAUGUUUUUAAUAGUCUUAGUUCUCAUAGUUCUCUGUAUUAAGUUUGUAUGGCUUUUGUGCUUACCUAGAUAAUAUAUCAUGAGAGACUGGGGAAAGAGAGGGUGGGGGGGGAAGCAACAACAAAAAACUUGCAAGUUUGGUUUAGAGAACAAGUAUUGUUUGUGUUCAUCAGCCAGAAGAGAACCAGAAGAAAAUGAUGGUAUGUUUUCUGCUAUGCAUUUGAAAAUUUAUAGAUGUUAUAGACCGCUUGUAUAUAAUGCGUGCAUACCACUUUUGUUCUUGGUUUGUAAAUUAACUUUUAUAAGCUUUACCUUUUUAUAUAUAUAAAUAUAUAUAAAAACAAACAAAGUUUCUUAAGGAUAUCUUUGUAUUCUCAUACCUUUUGAGCCUUGAACUUUGACAUCUGCAGCAAUAAAGCAGCAUUUCUACAGUAGAUGAACAAGGACAUUUUUUAAAAAUGCACAAAGUUGUUACCUUUUUAAGUGCUGCAUUUAAAGAAUAUAACUCGGAAUUCUCUACUUUGAUUAAAUUCUUGAAAAGUAUCCCUACUGUAAUUUGUCAUAAGGAUGCUGUACUAUGUGCCCUGAAAUGUAUUUUUUUACUAAUAGACAAUUUAUUACGGCACAAUGGCACUACUACUGUUUAGAUAAUAUACCACUGCAUUCUGUUAAUGAGUUAUUAGCUAUUCAGGUGUGGCUGAUUUUUUUUUCUCUGCAGUUAUUAAAAUUACACGUUUCUAAAUAUACAGAAUAAAACUGUUUUUAAAAUAAUAAAA